AACACAGCAAAGUUUAACGUUUCUAAUUCAAAUGAGACGUCCUCUUGGAGAGAUUCAGUGGCUGUCAUUCAUUCGGAUAUGACCUAUUCCAGUGCGGUGAAUAACAAGACUCUCUACAUAUUAAUUCUGCCGUAUUCAACCCAAGAGAAGGAUAUUGAUCGUGAAUUGGAGGAGGAAAACAAAUAUUCCGUAAGUAAGUUGCGUGAAUUUCUUCGUUCAGGGAAGCAGUUUCAUGGUGCAACUUGUAUGCAACAGCAGGAAAACCAUAAAAUCAAAGCUUCUGAGAAUUUGCAAUUAGAUCAGUCUUGGUGUCGUUUUUUGAAAAAGAUGUGGAGCGUUCACAUUAGAAAUGCAGGCCCUGUGAAAAACGUCGCAUUACAAAAAUCUGGUCAGCUUGACUCGGACAGUGAAACUGGGACAAGUGAUACGUUUGUACAAACCUGUAAUGUCGCCCAAGGUCCAAUUGUGAUUAGAAAGGAUGUGUUUCAAAAAAUAGGAGGAUUAAUGGACGGUUUUGGGAAAUUAUCGUUGUUGGAAUUUUUUCUACGAUCGAAGGGCGAUCUGAAGAUAGCAAAGCUUGGUUUUUGCGCAUGGACACCCAGAAUCACGCGCGCGGAUCGGGGAAAACUUGAGGGCUCAAACGAGGUUCCUGAAUAUACAAAUUUUGCCAAUAAACAUGCGGUACUUCGGAUCGUAACUGAGAAUAGAAUAGAAUGGACAGCUUGCGUCGCAAACUGGAAGAUGUGCCCAGAGAAACCUUAUGUGGAGCCACGAGGUCUGCCCGACGUAGCUGCACCGAUUUGUUGCAGCGCCGUUUUAUGGAAAAUGCUGAGCGAUUUUGUAAUGGGGCUGAACAAACUGGGGCUUGAAUACCGUAUUGUUGACGGCACCUUGUUAGGGGCUGUCAGGAGUAAAGCGAUCAUACCAUGGACAUACGACAUAGAUAUUGCACUACCUACUGCUGUGUAUAAGAAUGCUUCAACGUAUUCUACCCUAGAAAAAGUUCUCGAAAACCAAUACUAUGCCGGGAUGUCUUUCAUGAACAUGCCCAGGGGACAUAUUCUUGUGCCCCCAUACAUAGACGUAAAUACAGCCCCUUAUUUUGACGGGCCUGAGGACUUAGAGGGCAAAGCAUUGUUCAGCAGAGAAUUGGAAGAAGCGGUGAAGGGAAUGUUGCCAGUGUCUCAUCGUUGGAGAAAACGAGGCUAUGUGGAUUUUUACGAGGCAGGUCACGCUCUAAUGGAAGGAUCUUCCCUUGUUACGAUCAACAAUGAAGAAUUCGUGACCGUGAAAGAUGUGAAUAAAAUGCUGAGUUUCAAUUACGGCGAGAACUACCUGCAACCAGCAUUGAAAGGAGAAUGGUCGGGUUUGUCAGAUAGGAAUGGUUCCUGAGGGAACUAACGUAGGUAUAGUUUAGAUUCUAAGUCAAAUGCAACGACAAGGUUGAAAUUAGGGACCUUAAAAGGAGACCGGACGACAAUGCCUUGGAAAAAUCGGGUAAAAAAGACUUUAUAUUUUUCUUAACAAUUUCACAAAUUGUCGGUGGUGUCAGAAUUGGCCGCCAGGGUUCGUGUUCCCAGAACGCGCAAGUUUUUUUUAUUUCGAGAGUUGCUUUGCUGAGGUAGGGCCGAAAUAAUGCACACCAUUUGGAAUCACUCGUGAGUUAUGAUGGGUUGUACGUUCUUAUUCAGUUUCCAGCAGACAUAACUAACGCAUCGAAAAAGCUUGGAUUGGUUUAUUAUUGAACGAAAUGAAGCGACAUUCUUGAGUCAAAAAGAAAGUUACGUGCUACAGUUUGGAAAAAGACUGAGACCGCAUCGCCGCUUCCUUUGAGCCCGGUUCUUACAUACGUACGUUGCAUAUCUGGAACUCAGAUGUGCAAAUGUUUGAACGCUCAGGCCGAUCUUCCUUUCAAGUUGCAAGAGUUAAGUUGUCUUGCAGGAUUUCAAAAAUCUAAACAAGCCAAUAGGUAGCGGUGUUAAUCAGCUUUUUAAAAAAGCUCUAAGCAAAACUGGUAAAUCAACGGAAAACCUUUACUAAAUUAACUUGUGGUUGAAAAGUUCUCCCUCUCGCUACUUUUGUUUCCUUUAACCUAUGAAAGGUUAAAUCUUGUCUUAGCUUAUUUUACCUCAGUGGUAACAAUCGUUUCACACAAUUUUCCUUUAACACUUUACGCUCAGAAUUGGUUUGUGACCAACCAAACUUGAUAUUUGAAUCAUUAAUUUAAUUUUACAGCGAGAGGCCAUUGAAUCUGCGUGCUUUAAAAACUUAAACAAUGAAAUGAAAAGAUGCCAGGCUGCUAUUUGCAUGACAUUAGUACUAGUGUCAAUAACCUUUUUCACAGCAAUGAAAUUUUCUAGGGGAAGCUUUAACCCCCUGGAAACCAUUUACAAAUAGCUCGUAACUUCUUUUAAUUUUUACAGAAUGAUAGCGGUUUUACCGUAACAGUUCAGCCCAUUUAGUUGACUUUGCAAGUAUCUUUUUCUUCCCCGUAUGUAUUUAACGUCAUUGUUUA